ACGAUUAUUGCAGGAAGCAACUAACGUUGAUAAAAGUCAUCAUUAAACCAACACUGUAAGAGUGACAACAAUCAUCAUUAAACCAACAAAACAACAUAAGAUCGUGCAGUCAUCAGAAGAAACCUGUAAAUAAACUGCACCUCUUUUGAAGAAGAAAAACAAUUAGCUGGUAAUUUGUUUAAACAAAUUCGUUUCACUAUCAACAAAAAAAAAUACAGGCAUCUUUGAUUUAACCACGAAAACAUUUAUUGGCAAUGUAAGGUUGAGCAAGUAAAACUUCACUGGCAACUCAAGGUCAAGAACUUCGAAGAAUUUACAGACGAGAUCCAGAAGUCCAUAAUUAUUAUUAUUAUUAUUAUAAUAAUGGGGAGCGCUAAACCCGUAUGAUUAUAAAGCCCACGUGGGGGGGGGGGAUAGAAGGUAUUCAGGUUUAAUUCAGGGAAUCGGAGCACAGAUCCAAUUCCCUAGAUCAAGAGCCCCUCACCAGCGUCAAGGAACCUCCGUUAAGGGGCCAGAAGUCCAUAAAUACAGUCUAACCAAGUUAUUAGUUAAUGCUACGCUAUCAUUACAUCAACACUACCUCAACAAAAGCUUACCAUUAUGCCACAUUGUCAUUAUUCUUUUCAAUGAAUUUCCAUCAAGGCAUCACUAGUUACGAUCGUUAAGUUACAGUCAAAUUAUAAGCUGAGGUGAGAACAACUCGUUAGAAGGCCUAUGACUAACAGGUCAUUACCAGGUUGUACGCAGAUCUCCAUGCUAACAUAAACUCGUUUCCAGAUAAUCUACAGGUCCACCUACCGGUAAGUCAACAACCUCACUCCUACCGACCAUGUAGCAGCAGCAACAUGUGUUUAGUUAUACCCGACCAUUAUAGUCUCACAUGGACUCUGGAGCGUCAGAAUAGCUUCAUCAAGUGCCACAGUAGCUAGGCAUCUCAUACAAGCUCAUAGUGCACACUAUGUACGUUCACGAGGGAAGAUGUGAUGGAGUGGUGAUGGUGACCUGGGUGGUGGUGGUUGUAGCAGUAUUUAUGGUGGUUGAGACUUACACUCAACACACCGCGGCAACCACUACGCUCCACAACCAACACCACCUUCACACCCUUGGCAGGAAGGUCGACGCUUUCUAUAAAGCUAUAAAUCGGACAGACAUAUCAUUUAAUGUAGGUGACACAGCACUAGAACUCACGGAUAGCAAAGGCUCUCUGAGAUACAUAUCACCACUAGCUAAUAAAGGGGUAUAUGUACCUUAUGUACCUUUAGAAAAUGUGAGCCAGCAAGUGCAUGAGGGAGAUGAUUCCUCCUGGAAACAUAAGCAGCAACAUAAACAUGCCGGAGCAACAGGUCUGAAUGACCACAGUGACUGGGGUGGCCGCAGUAGUGAAUGGUGGCGAGAAUGUGCCCACCUGUCCACGUCGAAGCUGGUGCAGGUGGGGUUUGAUCGCGCCGUCUCGCAGGACCUGCAACAGUGUGCCCACCUGUGGUGCUCGCAGGUAGAGGGCAGUGAGGAGCGAGAGCACCAAGGUGGGGUAUACUACGUGGUACAGCUGGGUCACGUAGCAGAGAACCAGCACGAGUGUCUUCUUAACCUCACUAGCAUGAUCAUCCUCCACCACUCGUGGCCCAUGUGCUCCAGCGACUUUGUGUGCGCCACUAACCAUUCCGUUUUUGAGAUGUCGGCGUCGGACUGCAUGCCUUGGCGGUGCUGGGCGGCGGAAACGCUAGUGCUGGUGUUCAUGGUACUUGUGUCUUUCUGCAUUACUAUCAUGAGCGUCAUCAUCAUGGUCGUCACUGUCGCCUGUCCACAAUUCCACAAACCCAAGUACUACCUGAGAUUCUCUCUCGCUGCGACAGAUUUCUUUAUAGGAAUUAUUGUGUGUGGCCAUGCUGCUUACAAUCAGUGGGUAGGACUGACAGAAGUACCUUUCGAGAGGUUCCCAUACUAUGCUAACCUCAAGGAUGGUCAACUGUUCCGCCACGUUCCCAACUGCCUAUGGGGCGUGUCGGACGUGCUCACGCAGAUUAGUGGCUUCUUCGUCUCAGCCAACAUGAUCAUCUCGCUCUCCACGUUGUCACUCAUGAGUCUGGACCGCUACCUUCUGCUGACGAGGACUCAUUACCGCACCCUCGUCACCUCUCGCCGUGUCACCGCCGCCCUAGGCAUGUCCUGGUGCUGUGGUCUUCUUGUACCAUCGCUACAUUUCGUCUACCGACCUCAGAUGCAGGAAGAUAUUUGUAUUAACUACGACACGUCGUCAUUCGACGUCCACAUCAUAAACAUUGAGAGCAAGAUCGCUACAGCCGACUACAAGGUAUAUUUAAAGCACGUAGUGCCCCUGUUUGUGACAUUAGUGGUAGUGGGGCUCCCCAUCGUCUCUUUGCUCAUCUUCUCCUUCAGGGCGCUGCGUAAGUACAACUCGUAUACGAGGGAUCGAUCUGUACGCCAAGUUAAAUCUGCCCUUCAGCUGACGCAGAACCACUGUUCCCUCUCUCGCCAGACCAGCUCUACUAGCCUGGCUGCCAUGGUCAACCUCAUUGCCACACCCACGCCCACACAUGGACACCAUCACAUCACCAGGGGCAGGACUAACAAACACGCAUCAACUCCGCCGCCUUAUAAAUUAAAAUUUAUAUUUAAAAAGAAAACAGAGACUGAGGACGGGGGAUAUGACCUCAAGAUGUCGACCUCCUUGGUUCAGCAUUCAGGAGUGAGUGACGCAGACGUGGACGACUACACCUCCACACUUCCAGGUGAGUCCAUCCUUCUACUUCACAUAUUUUAUUAUUGCAACUUGUGUAUCCUUAGUAAGAGAUUAUGCCAUCAUUCUAGAGUGUGGAAGUGGGCGUGUGUAACUCUCGUGAAUUUCAGGACUGUGGGCAUGGGCGUGGGCGUGACGGUGAGAGAGAGGGACAGGGAGAUCACCUGUACUGUCUUGGUCAACGUCGCUGUGUUCAUCUUUGCUUGUUUCCCUCUCCUGGGCGUCGGUGCUUGGAUGAUGUUCCUCUACUUCACUCACCAGGACACCAUUAACAACCCGGCGCCUUUGAAGCAGCUGCUCUUCGUUGCUCCUUGGUUAAUGGCUCUCAACAGCCUAUGGAAUGCUGUACUCCACCUCUCCUAUAACCAUAAGUUCCGCUCCGCCACCAGUCACAUGAUGAGAGCAAAGUGGAGGAAGCUGUGCAGAGUAUUCUGCAAGCAUGAGAGACUCCAAGAGUGACAUUAUCGAGUGUUUGAACUCUUGAAAUAUAUAGAUCAGGGGUCUUAAGACGCCCACUGAGGUUGUACUUUGGUUUGUCAAUAUGGAACAUUCCUGUGACCUUGUCGCUGCAUUAUGAAUCAACAAAUGGAACAGAUAUCUCUAUUGCUCUUUCUGAAAUAGUAUUGCAGCAGUAUCAACAAACUCAUGACAAACACCUGGGGUAUAUGUGAUUCUGCAACUCCAGAAAUACUUUCCAGUGGAUUCAACAGACGUGUAUUUCAUGCCAAGAGAAAUAUUUAUGCCUGAAUGAUGUGCAUUGCUUUGGAACAUUUAUCUUGAGAGCGAAAAACAUUAAGUGAUAGAAUUAUUUUUAAACUAAAUGUUUGAAGUUACGGAUAAUGUUACCGAGAGGCAAAAAUAAGAACCAGUAAAUGAGACAGUAUGUAACCGAUUAUUUUCAAAAUAAACUUUGAACUAAAAAGGCAUACAGCACAGUCUAUAUGUAUGUUAAUCCCACUGUAAUUGUUCAGUAUUUUAAUUCAUUGUGUUGUGUUAUUGUACCAAAGUUAGUUAUUACAUUGUCAGAGAAGUUUAAACUGAACUUGGGUUACUAAUGUAACAAAAAUUUCAGCCCCUGUCAGACUGAUGCAUAAUAUAUAUUGAAAAUAUAAAUACAAGAUAGGGUUCAGGUGCCGCUCUGACGACAAUAUAUUCAUCAGUCUGCUCAAGGGUCUUAUGUUUGAAAAUAAGCGUUUAUUUUUCUCCGUAAAGUUGUUUGUGAUAUUUCUUGUUCAUAUGUUUUUGAUAGUGAAAAUGUAAUCCUG